GGGAGAUAUUUUUCGAAAUUCUGACAAGGCUUCCUGCAAAAGCUUUGGUACGAUUCAAGUGUGUUUCCAAAUUCUUUUCUUCUCUUAUAGCUGAGCCCCUCUUUGUUAAAGUGCACCACGACCGAUCCUCAGGCCGCCCCAAUGGAACCCAAAUCCUCAUAUCUAUUCCCUCCUCAAGCAAAGACCACUUCUACACCAUAGAUGACACCGGAGAAGACAAAGGAAUGCUCCAAGCCAAUCGUGUCCAUUAUUUGGAAGGAAAACAGUUCAAAAAUCUGAAUAUUUCUUCCCGGGCUACUAAUGGCCUGAUUUGUUUAUUCAACCGCCGUGGAGAUGUCAAGAUUUGCAACCCUAGUACAAGGCAACAUAUUUCCUUGCCAAGAGCUGUGGCGAGCGUAGAUCCAAUCUACACUUGUUAUAUCUUGGGUUUUGAUCCGAUUUCAAAAAACUACAAGGUUUUGAAGUUGCAAAUGUCGUUUGAUCAUUGGGAUAAUGAUUACAAGAGGCAAUAUUGUGUGUUAACUCUCGAAGUGGAUAAAUCAUGGAGGCAGAUUAGUAAUGCUUUACUUAGGUACCCCGAUGCAAGUGUUCACAUUGACGGUAUUAUCUACUUGAUAAGCUCGAUAAAUAGACAAGAAAUUUGUACUUUCAACGUUGGAGAUGAGAAUAUUCGGUCGGUACCUUUCCCGGGUAUUGACGUGGAAAAAUGUACUAUCCCAACGUUGUGGGGAU